AGGGGUGCACAUUCUCUCAGCCUCCCUCCUCCUGUGGACCAACAUCACCUGCCCUCCUUUAGCACUCCUGCCUGCUGUCCUUGAGCAGAGUCAUCAUGCCUCGUGGUCAUAAGAGUAAGCUCCGUGCCCGUGAGAAAUGUCGCCAGACCCAAGGUGACAUCCACAGUGUCAAGGGUGCUCAGGCCACUGCAGCAGAGGAGGAAGGGUCCCCCUCCUCUUCCCCUCCUCUUUUUGGGGGGCCUCCCCAGAGCUCCCCUGCUACUCGCACUCCCCAGGGGUGUCAGAGAGCCCCAUCCACCACUGCUGCAGGUGCUUCGGGCAGAAGAGCUCCUAGAGGGGCCAAUGGCCAAAGUGAGGGAGGUCCAAGUUCCUGUUCUGCCCGAGCCCCCAAUGAGAAGUCAUGUAGAGACCCUAUAACGGGGAGGGUGAUCAUGUUGUCACAGUUCCUGCUGUCCAAGUAUGAAACGCAGGAGCGCAUUACGAAGGGAAAAAUGAUGAAGAUCAUCAACAAAAGGUACAAGGAGCACUUCCCCGAGAUUCUGAGGAGAGCCUCUGAGUACAUAGAGAUGGUCUUUGGCCUUGACGUGAAGGAAGUCAAUUCCAAAGGUCAAUCCUAUACCCUUGUCAGCAAAUUGGAGAUCACCGAGGAAGAGAAUAUGAGUGGUGGUAGGGAGUUUCCCAAGAAGGGGCUCCUGAUGCCUCUCCUGGCCAUGAUCUACACAAAUGGAAACCGUGCCACCGAGGAGGAGAUGUGGGAAUUCCUGAAUAUGGUGGGGAUGUACGAUGGCAAGACGCACUUCAUCUUUGGGGAGCCCCGGAAGCUUGUCACCAAAGAUUUGGUGCAGGCAAAGUUCCUGGACUACCGGCAGGUGCCAAACAGUGAUCCACCACGCUACCAAUUCCUGUGGGGUCCCAGAGCCCAAGCCAAAGCCAGCAAGAUAAAAGUCCUAGAGUUUUUGGCCAAGGGCAACAAUACAUGUUCCAGUGCCUUCCAAGCCCUGUAUGAAGAAACUUGUAGAGAUGAGGAAGAGAGAGCCACAGGCAGAGAAUGUGCUGGGGCUAGUCCUAAUGCCAGGGCCAGGGCUAGUGUCAGGGUGAGUCCAGCCGGUCAUCCCAUUCCUAGUGAAGUCUGAAGCAGAUUCUUCACUUUGUUGUUGAAAAUGGCUGUUAACCUUUUAAGUAGUGGAGGCAACAUGGGGCUGGAGGGAGCACAUGUAUGUCUUCUUGUAUUCCUGUUAUACUUGAGUAACUUAUAGAUUUAGCCCGUUUUUUUUUCUUUUUUUGUAUUUUUCAAAUGUUCCUUUUAUUUCAAGGUUUAUUAGGAUUCAGAAUCUCAAUUCACUCUCAUGCAUUACUGCUGUUCUUUUGCUUGAUUUAGGUGUAAGAGUUUUGUAUUGUGUAAAACAAAUUGAAAAUCCUUGAAUCUAUUUUUCUGAAUCCAGAACUAGUUAACGUGGUAUCGGAAUAGAGAUGUUCUUUGAAAUAUUAAAGACAUCCACAAUAGUUGGGAUCACAAGAUUGAGGUGGAUAAAUAUAAAUGUUGGUCAAUUCUUGGUUUUCUGUGUUCCAUUCGGUUAAAGUAAAACAUGCGUGUGCCUGGAUAUGUUUAGCUUAUUCAAAGCUGUUGUAGAAAAUAAAUCGUGAUGAUUUGAUCUCUUGUUCCCUGGCUCUUAUUUUCCCCAAAGAGCAAUUGAGCGUCUGCUCUUUGGAAGGCUUCAUGCUAGUACAGGGCCCUUUAGGCAAACAUGUCGAAGUCCGUGUGUAUAGAUUUUAGAGUUCAACAGCAGCUAUGAAAUAAGGAGGAGGUUGAGAUACACUCCAAGACCUCAGGCCUAGUACAAGAGGAGUGAGCACUUCAGGGUUCCCUCUAGUGUAAAUGCCUUGAGGGAGGGCAGUUUGGGGCCUUGGGAAACUUUGAUCUCUCAGUGGGGGUGGGGAGAAUUUUAAGUUAGGAAGCAUAGGGUAGGGAAGGGUAGGGGGUGAGAAGAGCAGGUAGGGGUGAGGUGGUGGGGAGGGAGUCCAGAUAAGCCUGUGUGAGGGGUGAGCAGGGUAAGACCCUCCCAUGGUGUGUCUGAGCCUGGCUAGGCUGUGCCUGGAAUGGAAACCAGUUCUUCACAGUGACUCUGGGUUUGUGGACAAACCAGAGAGGAAUCAUCUCCUGGGGCAGGAUUGGAAGGUGCCCUGUCCCCUUGUCCCAGUGUACUUGAACAGGUUUUCUGACUGGUUGUGUUCUGCAUAGCGUGUCCAAGGAGUUCCUGAGAAAUAGGGAGCUACU